CUGUACUGUGUCUAUAUGUUUAAAACAAGAACAGCGUUCAACUCGGAGAAACAUUAUCCUCUAGUGGCCUUUUCUAUUACUGCAAGUCUCUCAACUGCUGUGAUGCAUAUUUGCCCCUGCUAGAGGCCAUUGAAACUCGGAGAAACAUUAUCCUCUAGUGGCCUUUGCUGUUACUGCAAGUCUCUCCCAAUGGCUGUGAUGCAUAUUUACCACCGCUAGAGAACGCCAUUGAUUUGAACUAAAAUUAUCGUCUUGCCUGCAUGCAAUAUAGGCCUACAUCAUGCACAAAAUAUUAGGAAAUAUGAAAAUAUUACAAAAUAAAAUUAAGUAUUAGACGAAACACAAAAGUGACUAGAAUGACCAAAAAAAAGCAUUAUCGUCACCGACAUUCUUACAUACCAUUAAAGUGAGAAAAGAAAUAAACCAAGAAACAAACUACUAUUAUAUAAUACAAGUGAUGCUCUCAGGAAUGCUAGAUUGCAGUUGAAGAUCAGUUUUUAGUAUUUGUAUUGCAUUUCUGAGACUCCUACCUGGUUGGUGAAUGCGCGUGCGCAGUGGAGGAAUCCCACCGCACAUCACGUGACCCGGCUCGUCGGCCAAGCAGCCUGGUUUAAAAGCAGGAGAGGUGCGAAAUCCUCCCCCCUUCUUCCUCCAUCACCUCCUCCUCCUCUUCUUCGCGUUUGGCACUUCAUGCGCAUCAGGUGUCAAAAACCUUCCAGUCUGAGUUGGACCGAGUGGACUCCAGUCACUGGACUAACUUCAUCCUUCGAACUUUAACGUACUUUUUUUAUUAGCCACAAGAUGAUAGUGGAUUUCGGGUGGGCAUUUCGACUUUUUUUGCUGCACAGUGUGACAAUUUUCAGCGGUGUGCUAUGCGCGCACUCACUCUACAAGAACCGCUACGCUGGCGAUCAAGUCUUCAGGAUAAGUCCCAGUAAUGACGACGAGGUUUGCACCCUCAAGAACGUUCUGGAAAGCAUGAAGGUGGAUUUGUGGCAGCCCAACAGCGUUUCUCUGAUUAGCCGGAACGCUACGGUGGAUGUGCACAUUAAACGCAGAGACACACGACGACUACAUGCCGCCUUAAAGCAGGAACAUAUCAACUAUAGCGUUUUUAUCUCUAAUCUGCAGCAGGAAAUUGAAAGGCAGACAAGGCGUCGCUCGUCCCGCAAGCGAAGGUCGGAUAGUCAAUACGACUACGAGAUCUACCACUCUUUGGAGGAGAUCCAGAGUUGGAUGUUUGAGAUGAACACAACUCACCCUGACCUGCUCAACAUGUUCUCCAUUGGGAAGUCGUACGAAGGGCGACCCCUUUACGUCCUUCAGCUUGGAAGGAGAAGUCGGCCGCAGAAAAAAGCCGUUUGGAUCGACUGUGGGGUUCACGCCAGAGAAUGGAUAGGACCCGCUUUCUGUCAGUGGUUCGUCAAAGAGGCGCUGAAUUCAUACCGGUAUGACUCAGCAAUGAGACGAUUGCUCAACCAGCUUAAUUUCUACAUCAUGCCCGUCUUCAAUGUGGAUGGAUAUCACUUCAGCUGGACUAAGGAUCGCUUCUGGAGGAAGACUCGGUCCAAAAAUCGCAAGUUCCACUGUCGAGGCGUGGAUGCAAACAGGAACUGGAAAGUCAAGUGGUGUGAAGAGGGGGCGUCGUCUCACCCUUGCGACGACACCUACUGCGGACCCUACCCCGAAUCCGAGCCCGAAGUACGGGCUGUCGUCAAGUUCUUGCGCAAGCACAAGAAGCGCGUCAAGGCCUACAUUUCCGUACAUGCAUAUGCCCAAAUGCUCCUCUACCCGUAUUCGUACAAGUACGCUGCCAUCCCCAACUUUAACUGCGUGGAGUCUGCAGCUCACAAUGCAGUGACAGCACUGUACUCGGCCUACGGAGUCAAGUACAGAUAUGGACCUGCUUCCACGACCCUAUAUGUUAGCUCGGGCAGCUCCAUGGACUGGGCCUACAGGAACGGGAUCCCAUACGCGUUUGCCUUUGAGCUGCGGGACACGGGCUACUUUGGCUUCCUGCUGCCAGAGACCCUCAUCAACCCCACGUGCACCGAAACCACUCGGGCGGUGAAGGCCAUUGCAUCGGGCCUGCUCAAAAAGUGCCACACGAACACGGAGGCCUUCCCGUACAUAUAAAUGCACUCACCAUGUGUUUUUUAGACCAUGAUAAUACACAACAUAAGAACCAUAAGCUGCCAUUGAAGCACUUGUCUUUCAUCAUCUAGCAGCACUUUUUGGUAAGGAUUCAACAUUCAAAUGACCUGCUUAGAACUUGCUGUGGAUCUGUAUGUUACGAUUGCCUUCAUUACUGCAACAUUGUCUGGGUAUCUCAUUUGCUAUAGCCAAGGCAUCAUUAGUAAGGGUAGUCGUACCUUGUCAUUUAUUACUCAGGUAUGGAUCACAUAUGUUGAACUUGAUAUUUUAACUCUGUGUAUAUGUGUGAUUAUGUACUGGAAUAAAUUAGUUUUAACAGACUGAUUUUUUGAUAAAUAAAACAGAACACAAAAUGUAGAUAUACAGGGAGGGUAUGCU